UCCUUUAUAACCCUCCCCAUUUCCCCCUCUCUUCUUCACAAUGCUCCCCACACUAGCUCUAUAGAAGCAUCCUCUCUCCUCUCUCCUUCUGCACUUUUUUCUCAAGCCGAAACCAUGAUCAAGACCUUGAAUCCUUACCCCAACCCAGCAAAAACUGCUGAGAUCAUGUCUAGGUACAGACCUAUAGCUCCCAAGCCUGAAACUCCCAACUCCAUGACCGAGGGCUCUUCCUCUCUCCCCAAGCAAUCUCCUUACCUUAGGAACUUAUGGCCCCAGUUGCAAGCCAGGCCUACCAGAACCAGAAAGAGAGGUAGAACUCCUUUCACACUCCCUUCCUCCCUCAAGAGACCGAGAACACAUUUCUUUGGAUUUUGUCCCCCUUAUCAUGUAACCUCCCCAGCAAAGAACCUUUCCUUACAGGGUUUUGCUCCUUCACCACUCCCUCUUCCCCAUCCCAGCCAUGCACAUCCCAGCCAUGGACAUCCCAGCCAUGGACAUCCCAGCCAUGGACUUCCCAGCCAUGGACAUCCCAGCCAUGGACAUCCCAGCCAUGGAUAUCCCAGCCAUGGACAUCCCAGCCAUGGACUUCCCAGCCAUGGACUUCCCAGCCAUGGACUUCCCAGCCAUGGACAUCCCAGCCAUGGACAUCCCAACCAUGGACAUCCCAACCAUGGACAUCCCAACCAUGGACAUCCCAACCAUGGACAUCCAAACCAUGGACAUGCAGUUGGAGUGCUCAAUCGCAACAUGCAAACAAACACUGUCAUCAGUCCUAGUUUGGUGACACUUCCUCUUCUUCCUUGUUCUCCUGGAGGUCCUGCACCCAAACUGGACUCCAUAACAACAACAAUGAAGCCCUGUGGGGGAGGGGUGAUAGAUUUGAACACCAAACUGAGUGUUCCUGAGGAGAGAGAUCUCUUGCAACAGCUGCAGAAGCCAGUUUCCAACAAUGUUAUACAGCCUCUGCCAGUUCGUCCCAUUGGCUCUUCCAUAACUGUUGUGUGCAUCGGUGAAGACACAGCUCUGCCAUCUGUGCCUCGAACCCCAAAAGGGUCUCGUCAGGUGGAAAAAGAGGUUGAAUCUGAGGCCUUGCCGGUUGUCAUAUCAGACUCAAAGCACAGGGUGAGGAUGGCAAAUUCUGCAUACAAGGAGAUGGUGGGUCAGCCACGGUGUCCUUGGCUCGAGUCUAUGGUGAACGUUGGUGCCGGAAAUCUGCCAUGCAAGAGGAUCAGUGGGGAUGUAGCACUGCAUCUUUGCGACUCAAACUUUCCAACUUCUGCAAACGGAUUCUCUUGCUGGGUGAGGAUAGAAUGGGAAAGUGAGCUGAAGAAGUGCAGUGUUAACGCCUUCUGUGACGUUAUGAAGUUGGCCUGUGAAUCCAGGGACUACCUCUUCACAUGGAGGUUCCACACUCGUGCCAGGGAAGCUCCUAAGCCAAGUUGCACCGCUUGAAAAAGUUGAAAUCAAUAUCGCAAUGAAUGCACAUACUGUUCUACUCGAGUCUCUCUAGUAUCAUGAUUACCUUUCUUUUCUACUAUCAUACAUAUAUUUAUAUGUAUAUGUAUGCACAUAAGUAUUAGGGAGAUGAUCGAACACAGUUUCUAUGUUUCUUUAGUAUAAUGUCAUCAAGAACUAGUAAGUGCUUGAUUAGUAUUAUUUACUAAUAAGUUAUGUUUAUGUUUCGAUGAAUCCCUCUCUAAGAAGUCCUUCUGGAGAGGAGAACAUCAGAAAAAAUAAAUAAGUCAGUACUAUUGUAAGUUGUUUCGCAGAAAAUAAAAAACUGCUUUUAUUUCUUCA